UUGCAAUCACAACCUUUCUGCAGCGCCUGCUGCUGCCAACGCGCGCCCUCACCGCGCCACAGAGCCGCCCGCCCUGCGCACCUUCCCUUCCUGUCGCUCCUUCGCACCUUCCCUCCACUAUACCGCGCCUUCUCCCAUCUAUGUCAUGAAGAGUCCAGCCACGACCUUGACCACCACCACGCUCCGCCCAUGACGACGACCGAACAGAAACGCAGCUCGACGGGCAGCCGCGUGCUGGGCAUGACUGGCCCGGUCGGCGAGCCGUCGCUGCCUCCCUCACGCCCAUCUUCUAUCAUGACUGCGCACUCCGGCAGUCAGAAUCGAUGGUCGCAGCACGCCGCGCCGCGACGGGGAGGCGGCAUGAGCGUCGCAGGCAGUCAGGGACAGAGUCGCCCAACGACAGCUGCAAGCAGGACCCACGUUCCUUUGGCCGCCCACGGCUUCUUUCGACCCAUGAGUUCGCAGCGCCUCCAGCAACAGCGCAACCAACGACCGACCUCUCUCCUCGGCCACAGCUCUCUGCAUGCCGAGAACAUACGCGACUCGACCGCGAGUUCAUAUCGCCAGAGCGUGGGCUCGACACAGACAAUGCGCGGCCAGCCUACCCUCGGUCUCCACCACGAGAUAGACCAGCCUCCGCCAUCACGCGGAACUGACAUGACCGACCGAGACAUGCCCGACCGCACAACCGCAAACACUACACCGACAGGAGCAGAGACUGUGCGCAGUCGGGAUGAGAGCAUCACGCCGCUCCAGCGCCCUCGACCUCAGCAUUUGAAUUUCACCAACACGCACCACACCGAUGCCGGCAACCUUCCCACCCCGGGAAAGUCCCCGCGCUCUUUCCGCUCCAGCUUCAUGCUUCCCAGUCGGGACGGUCGCUCUGCUCAGAUGCGCGUGCAUCAGGGUCAUGAGAAGUUGACUUCGGCGGAGUCGUCUCCCAGACUCGACCGGAAAGAGUCCACCAAACAAGCUGUGAAGAGAGAGCUUGGCAAGAACUACCAAUACUUCUCCGGUAACACGGCGUUCUGCUGGGGCGGGCGACUGCAGAACACACGGGACAGGCCAGUGAAUAUUGCAACUGCCAUCAUGAUUAUAUUGCCGGCUGCGCUCUUCUUCGGUUUCUCUGCGCCAUGGCUAUGGCUUAACGUUUCUCCAUCGAUACCCAUUCUAUUCGCCUAUCUGUUUUUAAUAUCCAUGUCUUCGUUCAUCCACGCAUCUGCCUCCGAUCCCGGAAUCUUACCUCGCAACCUACACCCCUUUGCGCCCACUAAUCCUAAUGAAGAUCCUCUGAAUCUUGGCCCGGCAACAACCGAGUGGAUCAUGGUCGUCUCGGCCACCGGCACCAAUGCGGCAAUGGAAGUACCGACCAAGUACUGCAAAAGCUGUAACAUUUGGCGUCCUCCACGAGCGCAUCACUGCCGUAUAUGCGAUAACUGUGUUGAAACGCAGGAUCACCACUGCGUCUGGCUCAACAACUGCGUAGGCCGUCGUAACUAUCGUUACUUUUUCGUAUUUGUUUGCGCCACAACUCUGCUCGGGCUCUUCUUGCUGGGGGCAAGUUUGGCACACAUCCUGAUCUGGCGUGCGAGGAACGCUGCUUCCUUCAGUCAAGCGAUCAACCAUUGGCGAGUUCCGUUUGCAAUGGCCACCUACGGAUUGCUGGGCUGGGCAUAUCCAUUCAGCCUUGGCGUAUACCAUUUGUUCCUGGUCGGCAGGGGCGAGACGACCCGCGAGUAUCUGAACUCUCACAAGUUCAUGAAGAAAGAUCGACACAGACCUUUUACGCAGGGCUCGUUGAUCAAAAACUGGAUCGCAGUUUUGCAACGUCCACGCCCACCAACCUACCUGCACUUCAAGAGGGAGUACGAAGAGGGAGACCAAAGAUUCAGCCCUCGAAAAGGGAAGCGCACGGCGCCUCUGACUGCUGAACAGCAGGGCGGAGGGUUGGAAAUGCAGGAUGUUGGCACCAACCACGGCUUUCAAGGGCCGGCUAGCAGAGCACUUCGAAGCUCGCAUGAUGCAGACGCGGCAUAGGUGGCGCCGAGCCUGCUCUUGUAUACGUAGUAAUGAAUUAGUUGACACUUACUUCAAGCCAGC